AUUACUUAUCCUGUUCUCAAUCCUGUUAACAAAAGACAAUCCAGAAGUAUUCUUGUCUGAGGCUGAUUACUGCCCUAGCUUAACCAGAACACCAUAUAUUAUUGCUACAUUUGCUUGUUCGACGUUGUGUAGCAGGUAAAUUUAAGUGCCUAACAAUUGCUUAAACCGGACUGCGAUGUUUAGGAGACCUGUACUUGGGGCUGCUGUAGUGUAUGGAGUGUCGCGAUCAGCAGCUAGGCGUGGCGUACAAGAAGAGGAGCAACGCAAUGCGGAAGCUCGAAUGUCUGCUGAGAUGGCAGCAGAAAAGCUGAGGCGUGAAGAAGAACAGAGAGAAAGGCGCACACAGUUGGCUAUUGACGAGGCGAUUGCCAAAGAACGGAGCAAGAAUACCGCGAUCGAAGCUGAGUCACGAUACGUCGUACCAAAUACGGGAGGGACGGGAAUUGUUGAUGAUGUGCCGCCUUAUUCCGGAUUUAAUAGAGGUCCUGGAGACGCCGAGGUUAAGAGGGCGGCCACACACUAUUGUCCAGAGUGCCGUAACGUUUGUCGGUCGGGAGAUAAGUUCUGCACCAAAUGUGGAUGCGAACAACCCGUGGACGAUGAGCGGACAGUGUUGCCCAAGAACCAGUUAUAGUACUAUUCAUAGUACUGCUCGGAGAUUUUCGAGUAGUGUAAAGUUUCGAGCUCAACCCGAGUACUGCCGAAUACUAGUCACAAAAAAG